GAUCGUAGAGAGUUUUUAAAUAAUCGUCCAUCACCGGGAGAGAGAGAGAGAGAGAAAAGAAUAGUCAAUCGGUUAAAGAAGAAGAAGAAAAGAGAGAAAUAUUGACUGUCCUGGAUCAUCUGACCGGUCGUUUUGUGCUACGUGGAUUAAGUCGAGCUGAAAAUACAAUGGAGAAGGAACAACCAGACUCCUUGGCGACCGUCGCCGUCGUCUCGGAGAAGAUGCCUCAGACUCAUAGCCACUAUGCUCCCAGCGAGGUCUAUUCCUCUGCCGAGCCGCCACCGGCGUACAUGAGACCGCCGAUGAAGAGCACGGCGGUUCAGAUCGCCAGGAUCGCCGCCGUUACCCUGAUCACGAUGUCCGUGGUGCUUGGUAGCUUCAUCCUGGCGGCAUCCUGGGUUCAGGCUAGAGCCUCCUGCACGCCGGAAUCGAUCGCGGCGAUGCAGGCCGAGCUGAAGCAGCAACAACAGAUUUCCGGAACGUAUCAGCCGCAAGGCGAAUUCCUCAAACAUCUACAGCCGGAAGCUUUGGUGCAGGAGUCUGUCGAAUCGAAGGAUUCUUUGCAAAAUCUCGCUGCACCAACAAAGAAGGAGAUUGAUCCCGAUACUAAGGAUAUGAAAGUCCAAGGAGAGGGAGAGAACAGCUCGAAAUCUGACAGCGACAGCAGCGAUGACGAUGAUGAUUACGAUGACGAUGAAUUCCCUCCCGUGCACAUUAAGCUUCCUCUACAGUUGGAUCUCGACGACAUUGCAGGCACGCUAAUUCAACAAGCUCGUAGCAGAGUUUCAUGCGUGGUUGAAAGACGACGGGCCGAUGAAGUGAUGGACGGAACUGGCGACAACGGUUUAGAUAACAGUACCGAUCCGCAGCGUUUCCAAAGACUGAGCGGCGAACGAGUUGCUAUUCUUUGCGAAUCGGGCAGUCCAAACCACGAACAACAGGAACAGGAAAUGCUCACUCCAAUCAUCGUGCCUCUGGGCACCGUGCAAAUUCCCCUCCAAUCCCAGGAACCGAAUCCGGGUUACCAUCAGUAUCAGAUACACACCCAGUAUCAAGUUCCCGAUAUGCAACAAUUGCCACUCAGUGAUCCACGAGGAUUAAAUCACAUUCCACCGGGUGUACUUCCACCUGAGCUCCGUAAUCUUCCUCAACUUACUAUGGAGAUGAGACCGCCUCGAAUGGGCCCGCAGAUGCCAGUGAUGGGACCUCAAAACAAUCCGAUGGGACCACAGGUCGAGAUGCGCCAGAUCCCUAUUGAACUGCGUCACUUCCCGAUGGAUCCGCUGAGAGGAAUGCGACCGAUUGCUCCGGAAUCUCGUCAGGAACCGCAGAUCUCGGUGAUGUAUCAGCAGCAAGCCGAACAAAUGCCCAAUACUUACAACCAGGAGCAGCAGGGUCCGGUUAUGAUGCCUCCACCUCCUCCGCAAGCCGAGGCGCAGGUCCAAGAUAACAGGAUACAUCAAACGUCGCCCGUGAUGAUCCCGCAGACCGAACAGAGACCACCCGCUCCGCCUCAGGUCGCGCCUGAGAAGCCACGCUCCGCUUUCCAGGGCAUUCCCAUCGAGAUCAGAAGAAUAAUUCAACAGGUACCGUUGGAGAUCAAGAAUAUCAUUCAACACAUCACUGGCGAAGCCAGAUCGUACCCGGUGCCAGAUGGAGCACGUCGUGAAGAAUACAAACCGUUCGCGGAAAAUGCGAGACCAAUACCAUUAGGACCGUUCCCACUUCCGAUGGAAGUGAGAAAUUUGAUCGAGCAUGGAAACAUUGAAGGUCGCCAACGCCCAGAUGGCGGCGACGAACAACAGGAAGCGAAACCUUUCCCAGGCCCAGAGGAUGAGGGUGAUGAAGUCGAAAGAAACUUUCCCGUACCUGUGGAGAUUCGCAAUAUAAUUCACCAGGUCGUAGAGGGCCGUGCUUUCCCGGUUUCGAGAUUUGCGUUAAGACCAGUCGAGUCUAUGGAAGUACCGGUAGAAGCACGUGCUGAGGUGACCGAUGGCCAAUCUACAGAGCAACAAUCCCAACAACGGCCACAAGAGCAGCACCAGGAGGUACACAUGAUGAUUCAGCAGCAGCAGCAGCAGCACGAACAAGAACAACAGCAGCCACAACAACAACAACAACAACCACAACAACAGCAGCCAAUGCAGGAGGAGGAAGUCCGCCCGCAUUAUGUGCAACCACGUUCUGUGCGCUCUGUGCCAGACGACGUCUUCCUUCAUCAUCGCGAGAAACGCGUGCGUCGUUGCGCCUGUGACUGCGCGUGCUAAAGGAUGCAGCCGACUGCACUUCCGUGCGUGUGUCGGACGGUUCAAGGUUUCAAAUUCCGUCUAAGAUAAGAGAUUAAGAAGAAAAGAGUUCUAAAAUCGCGUCAUCGACGCACACUUUGGUCAAACGAUUGCAAUCGUUGCGGUCUUAAAGAAUAAAAUAAACGCAAGGAAAAUAGUUGCAUAUAUUCUCAUUAAUAUUGCAAUCUUCUUGUAUCAAAUUUUUCUGAUCCAAAGUAUAUCAUUGUAACAAUAAUGUUCAAAUAUUUUUUUUUUUAAAUUAUACCGGAUUCCGAGAUUUUCGAUAAUAUGAAUAAAAUAUCGUACGAAAUUGAUAAUAUUUUUAUAUCCCGUUCGACAGAUAAAUACUAAUAAAAAGAUAUAAUUGAUUAUAUGAUCGAGGAAUAAUAUCCGAUUUCAAUGACAACGCGUAAUUGAUUUCAGAAUAUUUACCUUUCUCUAUCGGCUAAGAGAAUAAGAUAAAAAAACAUUUAUAAAGAUAUUAAACUGUUAUAUAUAAGUAUUAAGAUAUAUUUUAACAACUCGCGAGCUGUUGAUCAGACAAUAAAUAAGUUUUCAAAUCGAUUCGAUUGAUUAUAUCGUUAUAUUAUUCUUUCAUAGAGAGAGAAAAAGUAGAAAGAUAGUUUAGUGAUCUGUGAUUCUCCUAUAUAAAUCUUCUUGUGAAAACGCUCUGUAAACAAGGAUGGUUCUAUUUUAAAGAAUGAUUUAUUAUUAGAUAUUUUUCUGUACAAUAAUCUUGUCUUUAUGUUUCGUUAUUAAUUUUGCAUUUUUCUUUAUUUUCUUCAUGUCCCUAUCCGACUCUUCCAAAUAGUAGAAAAAAAUAAAGAUCAAUUUUUUUUUUACGUAAAAUUGCCCCAAAAAAAAUACUAUGUAUUAUAUAUUUUAGUUUUGAUUAAAUUACUUACGAAAAUACAUUUCUAUAAAUUGUUUGCGUUUAUCAACAAAUUAAUUUUAAGCUUUGAGUGUUUUAUUGAAUUAUGUUCUUUAUGUAUUAUGUUUUUUUCUUUUUCAUGACAAAUAAAGUGGUACAAUGAUUCAAUUGAUAUCUUACAGUA